AUACACUACGACGUCGUUCUCCCUGUUACCUUAAAUCUUGCACAAAACCCUGUUGAAAGAUCCAUCACAUAAGGUAGAAAUUUCGAAACUUUGGCUGCACGUAUGGGUUGAAGAAGAAAAAAAUAAAGUGGGGUUUUUCCGUAGAACCUCAAAACAGUUUUAAGUUUAAAUAUGAGUAGCAGUAGUUUAAUAGGAGGAAAAGUAUGUGAAGAAUUCACACCAGGGUAUUAUGGAAUUUGUACAAUUGGAGGUAUGCUUAGUGCUGGCACUACUCAUCUUGCUAUCACUCCUCUUGAUGUUCUCAAAGUUAAUAUGCAGGUGCACCCUAUCAAGUAUAGUAGCAUUUCCACGUGCUUUACGACUUUAUUGAGGGAACAAGGUCCGUCGGCCUUUUGGCGAGGAUGGGCCGGGAAGUUUUUUGGCUAUGGUGUUCAGGGUGCUUGUAGAUUUGGUCUCUAUGAAUACUUUAAGAAAGUGUACUCAAAUUUACUGGUGGAUCAGAACAAGAGUGUGGUAUUUUUCGCCAGCAGCGCAUCAGCUGAAGUAAUUGCUAAUGUGGCUCUCUGCCCAUUUGAGGCCAUUAAAGUUCGCGUGCAAGCUCAGCCUCAUUUUGCUAAAGGCCUCACUGAUGGAUUUCCGAGAAUAUAUGCUUCAGAAGGCAUCCAUGGGCUAUACAGAGGGCUUAUUCCUCUACUGGGUCGUAAUCUACCAUUCUCAAUAGUUAUGUUCUCAACCUUUGAGCAUACAGUGAAUUUUCUUUAUCGAAAUAUAAUCCAGAAAAGGAAGGAAGAGUGUUCAAGAGCUCAGCAGCUUGGCGUAACUUGUUUUGCUGGAUAUGCCGCUGGAUCUAUUGGUAGUAUUAUUUCGAACCCUGCUGACAACAUCGUGGCUUCUCUUAACAACAAGAAGGCCAGUAGCCUAAAGCUGGCUGUGAAGAAAAUUGGAUUUCUUAAUUUGUUUACAAGAAGUCUUCCUAUUAGGAUAAUGCUAGUUGGACCAGUUGUGACUUUGCAGUGGUUGUUCUACGACACCAUUAAAAUAUUCAGUGGAUUGCCAACCAGCGGACAUGUCACCAAAGAUAUAGAGGAAGAUAAAAUGGCUGAAAGUCAUUCAAGAUGAAGGCUGUUGUUGAUGCAUGGCAUAUGCAUCAGUCUAUGGCUAUAUUGAGCAUUCUAAGAUUCGUGCAAAUGAAAAGCUGCUUGGUUAACUGAUUUAGUAAACAAGAUGAACGAGCUAUCCUCCAAUUUGCUCUAUUGCUGGCUGGUCCUAGAGUAUGAGACACUAUUUUGAGCUACC